UCCUCGCGCUUUCUGGCCCCUCUCACGCAAUCUCUGACGCGCGGUCAACGGAAUAGGCUACGGUCCCAGCCCCGGGUAUACCUUUAUACCUGUGUGAUCAUUUUUUUUUCCCAUUAACAUUUCAUACCUGGAUUUUCUUCUUUAGGUCCGCGUAUCGACUGACCGUAAACAUGACAAUUAGGACGCUGAGAGAUUAUGGUCAGCACUACCGACCACGGAUGGCAUGCCUAAAACAUGUGGAGGUGUUUGUGGUUGAGAUGCAGGAUCCUAAGAGUGGGGUGAAGGGUGCCGACCAGAAACUCAAUGUAACCAUUAUCCCACACGUCAUCAACGGGCAGGACAUUCUAGCAUGGAUUGUCACCAAAAUGAAGGUUACCACAGAAGAGGCCCAGGCGUUUGGGACCAUGCUGGUGGCCUACGGGUACAUCUACCCCCUCCAGAACCACAGGAAGUUGGUCCUGGUCCCCGACAGCACCCUCUACCGCUUCCAGACCCCUUAUUUCUGGCCCGUGCAGAAGUGGCCCGCUGAGGACAUAGACUAUGCCGUCUACCUGGCCAGGAGAAACAUCCGGAAGAAGGGGAUGCUGGAGCCCUAUGAGCAGCAACACUACGACAAUCUCCACAAAUGGAUGAACCCCAAGUGGGAUUUCAUCGUGAUGCAGGCUACAGAGCAGUACAAGGCUAAUAAAGAGAGGAAGAAGCCAGACAGAGUGGUGUUGGACUGUCAGGAGAGAGCCUACUGGAUAGUACACAGGCCACCACGUCGGACACACAGUGCCAUGGACUAUGGUCUGGACCGCCUCAUUGACCCCAAUGCAGAGGAGUGGAACAGAAGAGCUCUGCCUGUAAUAACAAGCUGUUCUUCUCCCCUGGGUUUUCAGGUGUUGACCUUCGACGUGGUCAGGAGAACCAACAUUUUCCUUACACAAGCCCUAAUGAGGUCAGCUGUCAAAUCGUCUGUGUCCCUCACAGCCUUUGUCAAGUUCGUGACAACCCACCACAAUCACGACCCGUUCCUGACAACCCCUGUCCCCAGCAACCCUUGGAUAACGGACAGUGAUGAGUUCUGGCAACUCAACUCAAGAAGUGUGGACAUCCCCACUAAGUUGAGUGUGGAGCGUUGGGUCUUGAGCUUCUGGGAGCUGAUCAGUGACCCACGAGGCAGAGUCGACUUCAAGCUCUUCCUCAAGAAGGAGCACAGUGCGGAGAACAUGGCGUUCUACGAGGCAGCUGAGGAGAUGAGGUGGGGAGCAGCGUCUGCCAUACCAGAGAAAUCCCAGUUCAUCUUCAACACCUUCCUGAAGCCUGGAGCUCCUCGAUGGAUCAACAUCGAUGGUCGUACCAUGGGGCUGACAGUGAAGGGUCUGGUUGUUCCUCACCGCUACGUGCUGGACGCUGCCCAGACACACAUCUUCCUGCUCAUGAAGAAGGAUACGUUCUACCGGUACCUGAAGUCUCCGGUCCAUAAAGACAUGCAGAAGAGGGCUCUGGUCCCGGCGCCCCACGUCUUCACUGAUGCCCAGUUGGAGGCCAAUGUGAGGAAUCGUAACCCAGGCAUCAGCCCCAUCCUGCAGUGGCAGCAGGAGGAGGAGGAGAAGGCAGUAGCAGCUGUUGCUGCCAGGCCCAUUGACGUCAAAGCCAUGGUGGCCACCAACAAGCUGGACAGGAAGUAGAGAGAGCCCAGGGCAUCAUGGGAAAUGGAGUUUAAUAUACAUGCGGUUGUUCAUCUAAUAUAUAUUUGGUUUCCAUGGAGAUGGUGUUACAUAGGAGUACUUUAUGUACUAAAUAUUGGACUUAUUAGCUACUGUUUUAAUGGAGAUAUUGGUAUUUUAUAGAAUCAUUUAUGUCCUCGACCACUGAUGUCAAGCCAGUACGGAUUGGUUGAAUGAGGGAAAUAAACUAUUGUCUGUUGAGUA